CACACGCACACACGUACAUUCGCACACCGACGGUAUCAUCAAUCGUGUCUGUAUUUCUCCGUAAAAAAAAAACAAAAUAAUAUAGGUAUUGAAAAAAAUAUCGUAGAGUCGUCGCGAACGGCCGACGGUUGCGUUGUUCUCCGCUAUCUAGGUACGGCGGACGUGCAUUUGACUUGUGCGAACGAGUGAACCGACCGGACGGCCGUGGAGUUUUAAUGGCAGUUAGGUAACCGAAAGAGAUUAGACGAUUUUUUUUCCGUUCAGGGUUUAUUUUUUUGUUGCGCUAACCGCGGCCAACCCUUGCAACACGAGUAUUUAGAACGACUGCUGCUGUGUGCACGUGAUGAAUAUAAUUGACGUGAACAGUACCGAACAGACGACUCCUCAGCUGCCACCCCUGUUACCGUUGGCUGCAAGACCGAGACGUCAUAGCCGUCGGCCUACUGGCCGACACUUAGGAAUAUAACCACCAACUAGGUGCCAUGCAUCGUACCAAUGUCAUCGGUGGUGGUGGUGCAAACGGUCGUCGUUCUACUGUGGUCGUUGAAGAGUCUGAUGUGACAGCGUCUUCAACAUUUGUGGGAGUAGAUGGAUGUGAUGAUGACUUUGCUAUAGAUGACGAAGCAACAACUACAACCCUGAUUUAUGUUAAAAAAGAAACUAUGGAUGAUGAUGAUGAAAGCAAACAUCAAUUGAUCCACUUGCAGCAUAAACAGCAACAUGACACAAAUGAAAUAGAAGACAUAUAUCGUCGUCACCGUCGGCCUAGAUUGACAGCUGCAGCCGCUAAACAUCAACAACUCCAGAUUCAACAUAAUCAGCAGUUUGACAACAUCACAUCAUCGUCAGCAUCAACUACUACCACCAAUCGCCAAGAACGGCUUAUGCUAGUAUCUGUUGAUUCUGGUAGUGUUGGAAGUGGCCGACAUCGACAACCAUCAUCAUCGGUUCCUCAAUUUUGUUGUUCAAGCACCACUGCAGCAGCAGGAAUACAACAGCAACAACAUCAGCAUCAUCAUAACCAACAACAACAGCAACAACAAAUUCCGCCUUCUAAUACCGUUGUAAUGAUCAAAGAAGAAGAUGUAUCCAUGUCAACCGCGGUUGGUGGUGAUAAUUUGCAUCACCAUCACCAUCAUCAUCAACAUCAGCACCAUCAUCAGCAACAACAGCAUAAUAUGAAUACGGCAGCGGCGGUAACAAUCGUCACUAACAAUAAUAACAACACCACUAAUGCCACUUCUUCGUCACCACCUCCACCACGACGCCUGUGUCUGGUAUGCGGCGACGUUGCUUCAGGUUUCCAUUAUGGCGUAGCAUCCUGUGAAGCUUGCAAGGCGUUCUUCAAGCGCACCAUACAGGGUAACAUCGAGUAUACAUGUCCUGCCAGUGGAGAUUGUGAAAUCAAUAAACGACGGCGGAAAGCAUGUCAGGCAUGUCGGAUGCAGAAAUGUCUGAGGACCGGCAUGCUCAAAGAAGGCGUACGUCUGGAUCGGGUGCGCGGUGGUCGUCAAAAGUAUCGAAGACAGCCGUCUACUCCUAUACCUACUGCGGCGAUCUCUGUCGUCCAAUCGACACCACAAACUGUGCAUCAGCAACAGCAAUCUACUGCAGCGACAACUGUCAAUAAUUCUAUUCACCACCACCACCAUCAUCAUACGCACAACAAUGCUGCAUCGUCUAUACAUCAUCACCACCAUCAACAGCAGUCUUUUAACAAUGGUUUUGGAAACAAUAAAAUUAUUACUCAUCACCAUUCAUAUCACCAUCAACAAUUGAACUCAGUGCCUCGUCAAAUGUGUUCAAACGGUAGUAAUGGUACAACUGCUGCAAUGUCAGUACACAGCAAUCAUCACCACAGAUUACUUAACAGCAAUGGAAGAGGAACUAGUGGGUGGAACAACAAUAAUGACGAUGGUGUGUGUAUCAAACAAGAGUAUGAACAGCAGUGUUGUUGUAAUGAUUCUGUAACUGCAGUUGAUGCAAUCAAGGAGUGUGAAAAAAUGUUGGAAGCCCUUAGACAAUGUGAACCUGAGAUGCCAACGCUAUUAGGUAACGGGGACGGAUUAACUAAUGCCGCUCUCACAAUGGAGUUUUUCACACAGUCCUCAACACUUGGUGUGCAACAAGGAACAGUAACCGGGGUGACAAGGGGUGGUGGUGUAGUUGAAGACAGUAUAUCUUCAACAUCUCCAUCUUCUACAUCAUCAUCAUCAUCAUCAGCAGCAUCAGCAACAUCAUCACCAUCAGUGGCAGCCACUAUGGUGGUGCAUACGCUCGCUGAACUAUAUGAUAGAGAGCUGGUAAGCACCAUAGGUUGGGCCAAGCAGAUACCUGGGUUCACAGACCUAUCACUUAAUGACCAAAUGCGCCUAUUGCAAUCAACUUGGGCAGAACUAUUGACAUUAACCACGGCAUUCCGUUCCUUAGAACAGUUUAAUGCUCAAACUGGUGAUGGUAGUAGUGACAUUAAUAAGAUUGGCGUUGUUGGUGAAGAAGGUAGUGGCAAUAGUCUUAAGUUGCGGUAUGCUACAGACUAUUGGUUAGAUGAGAAGUUAGCUAAAGAGUGUUGUUCUACAACUAACGGCGCCUCUUCAUCAUCAAAUGGUACAGCUAGUGGUACAGGAGUGAUAACAACUCCAACUGUGCUAGACAUUUACAAUUUGUCGGCUCAUAUAGUUCGACAAUUUAGGGCAAUAAAUGGUGGAGAAGGCUUGACUUCAGAUCAGUACUACCUGCUUAAGGCGUUAGUCUUGGCUAAUUCUGAUGAUCUAACAUUAGCAUCAUCAUCAUCAGCUGCAGCAACAACAGCAGCAGCCACUGAAAAGAACCACAGUACCAAUAAAACGGCAUCUAAAGGCAACGAUGUAGUGGUUCAGCAGCAGCAAUCAGCUGUCAAGCAAUUUCGUGCUACCAUUGCCCGUGCUCUUCAAACCCAUUUAGAGAUGACUGUGGCGGUGACGGCGGUAUCAAAUUGUUGUUGUUGUGACGGUAGUACCAAUUGUUGCUCUACACCAACUAUGACCAUGGAUUGUUGUGGAAAUAGUGGAGCCACCACUACAGAUGACAGUGGGAUGACUACCAAUUGCUGUAGCUGUUGCUGUAAAAAUAACAGCAAUAACAAUUCUGCAUCUAAUCAGGUUGACAAUGGUGGCGAGAUUGUUGUUGUCGUUGACAACAAUCAACAACAACAUCAUUGCCAACCACAACAACACAUGGAUACCUCAGGCAUAUCCACUACAGAUGCUUCUUCGGCUACAGUUGUUGUUGUCGGUACCACUAACAACAUUGUGAUGGAAGAUGAUGAUUGCUGUGGAGGCACUCCAUUAGUUGACAACCAACAACACCAUCAUCACCAUUCUCAUCAUACAGAAUCCACAGACUCUGCUUCGUCUAAGCUUAUUCAAUUGCUUAUGUGUUUGCCUGCACUUCGGCAGGCUGAUCAACUAAUCCGGCAGUAUUGGACCCGGGUUCACCGGGAAAAUCAACAACAAUUAGCUACUACCACUCAACCAUUACAACCACAAAACACAGCUGCUACAGGUUCUGGAGUAGGUUUUGCCAGGCAAUCUGCAGCUGCUGAUCGAUCAUCAUCUAUAGGUAAUGGCAGUGGUAGUAAUGGUACAACUGUUGUCAAAAUGAACAAAUUGUUUGUCGAGAUGUUGGAGGCCUGUUUGCGGUAAUUACAUUAUUCAGUGAUCGUCAUAUUGCUCCUCUGUAUUCUGGGUGGUAUUGCAGCAUUAAUAGCAGUGGUAGACAUCACAGACUUUUAAACUACAUAAGAUAAUUUAAAAACUCGUGUAAUCAAAUGAGGCAUCAUAACACAUUUAUUUGGUUGGAAAAUUAACAUAGAUAUAAAUAGUCAUUAAUACUGUAUAAUAUAUAGUAUAUUUCUAUGAAAUUUUAACAACCAAAAACAUGUUAGAUGAACAUCAAAUUUUUAUAUGCAAAACAUUCCGGGUUAUUUAUCUAGUUUAGUAUGAAAGUCUGUGGGUAGUGUUUAAUAGUUUUACAAUAGUGGUAGUAUUUUGUUUUGUUUUAUAUUUUUAUCAAUAGUUAUAGCCAUGGCAACAGUGAACGUUGAUAUAAGCGUUUAUAUAUUUCCAAUAAAUAAUAAAUUCGCUACUGCCAUAUAUCUUUAAUUUAUGUUAGAAUUUUUGUGUCACUUGUGUUUCUUUUUUUUCAUAAUUAUUUACCACAAUACCCUCCUCUCAUAAACAUACCCAAAUUAUUAUUGUAUGUAUAAAUUGUAUACGAACAUUGUGGAUGUACGUUUAUGUAUUAAA